AUGUUAAGAAAUCGACCGUUAGAAAAUUUCUAUAAGUUAGCCAACACAUCGUUUCCAGAUGGAGAUUAUUCCAAUGGAAUUUCAUUGUUAGCUGAUCAAUAUAAAAUCUAUGAAUUAUCUAUCGUAUGUCGCAUUUAUUUGGAAAUUGUAGCAAUUAUCCUAAGCGUUAUUUGUUUAUAUGACGACAAUCAAUGGCAAGUAGAUGCAUUUGCAGUAGUUCUUGCUUGGACAACAGUGCUAUCUUAUCUUCGUUUUGUUCCUAUAUUUGGAGCUAAUGUUGUUCUGCUUGAAGUGAUUAUGCUUAAAUUCUUAUGGUUUCUUCCAGUAUUAGCAGUAUUAAUUUGUUCACAUUCAGCUGUAUUUUACAUGCUUUUACAAAAUCAAUCUGUUUUUUCUACUAUUACUUUUGCUUGGUUUCGAUCAAUUUUUAUGAUAUUAGAUGUAGGCUACGAGGAUUUUUUUCUUUGCUGUGGUGUUACAAUGACGAUUCUCGUCAAUCAUUUUCGCAUCGCUCUAGCUGUUGGUGAAAUAGCAAAUUUAUCAACUAUUGCACGUGUACGUAAUGCGACACGGCGAUAUGAAUUAUUAUUUGAAUACGAAAUAUUUCGAUUACAAUGUUUGUGGUCACUUGCACCAGUUCAUCGUUGUCAUGAGUAUAUUGAAAAAACAUCGAAUCGAUAA